AUGGUCGUUGCCAGUGAGGACUCCCUUCAAGUGUGCCGAACACCCGCAGGGCUCGGUUUGUUCCUCCUUCCUCCUCCAUCAGCUUUCUUUGGUUCACUUGCGCUGCGAAUCAACGUCGCCUCCCCUAACGCCAUCGGUGCCGCCCAGGAUGCCGCCCGCAUGGAGCGUGUUGUGACCUUCUACGCUGGCCUUCCCCGUGGCCCUGCCGCUGCUGUCAAGCCUACCGGCCUCAUCGGUCGCUACCAGGCCCGCUACUUCAACGGCAAGAACGCCUCCGGUGUUCCCCUUAUCCACGCUAUUGGCGGUAUCCUGAUCCUGGGUUACAGCAUGGAAUAUUACUUCCACCUGCGUCACCACAAGAACCACCCCCACUAA